AUGGACUCAAGUAAAGGCUUAGAAGAGAACCUAGAUGAAUUUCAGAAGAUUAUAGUUGAUCUUAAUAACAUCAGUGAGAAGAUGUCGAAUGAAAAUCAAGCAGUUAUUCUUUUGAAUUCUUUGCCAGAAUCGUAUCGAGAAAUUAAGGCAGCUAUUAAAUAUGGACAGGAUUCAUUUUCCAUGGAUAUAGUAAAAAAAUUUCCUUUGAAUAAGAGCAAUGAAGCAUCAAGUAGCAAGCAUAAAGGGGAUUCUAGUGCAGCAAAUGUUACUGAUGGGUAUGAUUCAGCAGAGGAAAAUGAUGGAGGAUUAGUUUUGCUUGGUGAUAAUGGUGCUUGUGAUGUAAAAGAAAUUGGGUCAAUUCGAAUUGAAACAUAUGAUGAUAGAGCAGGUUAUUCCUAUAAAUCUGAUAAUGGAGUUCUGAAGGUUAUCAAGGGUUAUUUAGUUAAGCUGAAGGGGACCUUGAGGAAUGGUCUUUAUUUGUUGGAGUGUACUGCAGUUUCAGGUAGUGUUGCUGUUGCAUAUGGGAAAGAAACAGAUAAAUCUAUGUUAUGGUAUAACAGAUUAGCUCAUGUACCUUCUAUGGGAGGUUCGAGAUACUUUAUGUCGAUCAUUGAUGACUUUUCAAGAAAGGUGUAUAUGUAUCCACUGAAACAGAAGGAUGAAGCUUUUAGGAAAUUUCUUGAAUUGAAAAAGCAGGUUGAGAACAAUACAGGCAAGAAGGUAAAGUAUCUGAGGACAGACAAUGGUUUGGAAUUUGUGAAUCACAAAUUUGAUAAAUUUUGCAAAUCUGAGGGAAUUAUGAGGCAUUUCACUAUUACGUACACUCCACAGCAAAAUGGUUUAGCUGAGAGGUUCAACCAAACAAUUAUGGAGCGUACAUAUGUCUCUUGA